GGGCGGGGGGAGAAGAUAGACCCACUCAGCAGGAAGGGUAUCCACCACAUGCUCUUCCCCAGCCUCCUGUUUAAAAACACUUGCUUCAGGAGGAGAACAGCAAUGCUCAAUCCCAUGUGACGACUGAUUACGUGACCAACCAACCCCACAGGCUGAAAACGGUUUGCUUAAACUGAGCACACUCCAACCUUUUCCAACAGCGACUCCUGUGCGAUUAUUUUUUGUUGCAGAAGCACCUAGGAGUUGCAAUCAUGCUCCAGGCCCCCAUUGUGCUAGGGGUUGUGCCAACACAGACCAAGUGGGCAGUUCCUGCCCCAAAGAGCUGCCAUUCUAGACAGAGUGUCUCUUAGCUUCUCCCCUCUCGCUGGUGUUCAGAUUGCAUCCCUACAGCAAUUGCUGCUGUGGGAAAGAUGCUACGAGUGGGUUUGAUGAGUUUAGCUUCAUUUAUUGCCAUGUACCAUAGAAUAUCAGGGUUGGAAGGGACCUCAGGAGGCCAUCUAGUCCAACCCCCUGCUCAUUGCAGGACCAAUCCCCAAUUUUUGGCCCAGUAACCCUAAAUGGAAAGGAUUGAACCCACAACCCUGGGUUUAGCAGGCCAAUGCUCGAACCACUGAGCUAUCCCUCCCCUGAAAGGGGAGGAAAGGAGCUGGAAAGGAGGAGGAGGGGGGUCUCAGGAUGCACUUGGCCAGGCUGCCAUCUCUCUCUUGUGUUAUCGGUAAGACCCUGUUAAAUCACGAUUUCAGGGGCUGCAUUGAAAUUAGCCCAAUAUUGUGAUUUUUCCAGCAGAGGGGGGAGACUGAAAGGGGGAUGAAACAACUCACAGUAAUGGAUGCAGGCUGGGCUGGUUUCACCAAAUGACACUGUCCAUCUAGCCCAGGCUGUUGUUACAGCUGCCCGCCUGGCCAGCAGGGAGAGGGGGGCAGUGCUGACAAUGCUGCAGUUAGGAGUCCUGGCCCAGCAGCAGGCCCAAGGGAGACACGGCAAGGGCUGAGCCAAGGGUCUGCCACUGGGUGCAUGAGAUGGUGUGUGAGGGAGUGGGGUGAAAAGAUGGAUUCCAGACUCACCUCCACCUCUUUGCAAGGGCACGGCCCCCUUACGCACUUUGUUGUGUGCCAAGUGCAGAUCCUAGUCUCAGCUCCUGCAGUGUUUCCCUGGGCCUGCCAGGGGCUGCUGUAGGUUGAGAGAGCCCAGGGCUCCUAAUCGCCAUGUGUUGUUGAUGCCGUCCCCUUCUCCCCACCAGCAAGGCAGGGAGCAGCAGCUGCAACCUGGACUGAGAUGGGCUUGGACAGCUAGUGCCAUGUGGUGAAACAGCUGCACUGGCCCACCACCCUACCUGCUUCCCAGGGUAGGACUGAUCUGUCACCUACCCCCAUGAGUAGCUGUGGCUUCAGGCGGGAGGUUGAAGCCAGGAUGCCUGCUUCCACCGUCCCAUGGGGAAAAUUGCAGCAGUUUGGGGCAGGGAAAGGGGAGACUUGGCAGUCAUGCCUGUCCCGUGAAAUUCAAACAUUGAGCUGUGACAAACACCCUGUAAUUUAUGCAGGGCUUUAGCUACAGUGGCCAGGCCUUCAUUCCUCCUUUCUUCUUCUCUCUUCCUCCUUUCCUGAGAGCAGCUUCUGCAAUGGGGAGACCUAAGGUGCUGGCCAGGCUUUCAGAGCCUUGGGGUGGUGAAGGGAAGAGGUGGGGGCUGACUCUGGAUAGCUGGAAACAGUAGGUUUUUAGGUAUCUCAUUGCUACAGGGAGGGGGAUGGGUCCUGUCAUUUCAUUGCAGGGCAGAGAAGUGGGCAGAAGACAGGACCUGUGACUGGUAGGAAGGGUGGAGCAGGGACACAUAGCAACUGAUCUGUUCCCUUGAAAGAUUCCCAGCUCAGUGUCUUUGAGACUCAGCAGGAGCUGUACCAGGAUCAAGGGAGAUUAACCUCAGCUGAAGUACCAAGGAAUGGCCAUGUGGUGUUGUUGCGUCCUGAAUGCUGAAGGGCUGGGAGCUAAGCAAGGUGAAGGCUCCCCUGGGUUUGCUACCUGAUGACCUGGCCAAUCCCUCCACCGCUUGCUCUCAGCCAAGCGUCCUGUGGCUGUAUCUCCUCGCCCCUUGCUUUCUGUCUGCCUAAUGCAGUCGCCUCUUACUUUGGCCACAACCACGCUGGCUGCUCUCCGUGCCUCUGGUAAUGCUGGGACAUGUGUGCAGCGGGUGCUUGUGUACUCUGGGCACCUGUUCCUGUGUAGUGCCCUCUGUGUGGCUCAGGAGCAUCUGGGCUGGGUGGGCCUUAUCAGCCUGCGCUGCGAUCAGGCAGCAGGGCUGGAAAUCCCUGCAGCCCUGGUCUGGGAUGUUGGCCCGCAUUGUAAGUGCUUGUAGAGUGCUUGUAAAUUGCUUUGAGAUCCCGGGGGGCCUCAGCUCCUUCCUGCUGGAAGCUGUCCUGUUUCUCCAGCCGGUUGCUAGGCGCUGGUUGCUAGGAUACCAGCUGUGACUGGGCAGGCCUGCACAUUCCUCCAGCGAGCUCCUAACCCUGCCCAGCGCCUGCCAGGACCUUGCCAGAGCCUCGCCUGGGGCAGCCACUGGGCACGCUGUCCCCCGGAGAUCCAGCUCUCCCUCUGCCAUGGGGCGCCUCCCCCUAGGUGGCGUCUCGCCCUAUGUGAGGACGAGCGCUGGUGGGAGCAUGGACCCUCUGAAGUUCUACGCCACGAGCUACGGCACGGCUUACGGGCAGGAGAGGUUCCAUCCUCGUGUCGGCCACCACUCCGGAGCUGGGUACAAAUCCAAUUACCGGCCUGUCGUCUCUUACAAGGCCAGCCUGGAUGAAGUGGAUAAUCCAGCCGUGGGACAGCUCCUCCAGGAUAACUACGACACGGUGACCACCAAGCAUUUCCGACCCCUCCAGCUGCCUGAUGGCAAGUACCCCCUGCCCUGGAGCGUCUACCAGCCGGGGAGCGGGUUUGUUCGAGACAAACCUAUUUCCUUCCCUACCACCAAAGCCGUUAAGAAAGUCCACUUCGAUACGCGGGACCAGGGGCCGCGAGCCAUCACAGGGCUGGAGCCCAGACAGCUCCCCGACCUGCACAAGCUGCAGGGGAAAGGCUCCGUCGAGGGGGAGAACGCCAGACACGGCCCUCUGUACAUGUCCACAGAGUAUAACUCCAAGUUCUGCUUUGACAUUCCCGGCCAGCCAGAUUUCCUACAGAGAAAGACGAUAGGAGCCAAGGAGGAGACGGGAUUCACUGAGGGCACCCAGCAGAACCCCAUUGCCUUCCUGCCACCUCCUCCGGGAGAGCCAAGGAGCCAGCCUGGCAUCAGCAUCACCAAGAUGGACUUCCUGCCCAGCGCUCUCCCCCAUGGCGACGAGUUCCUGCCCGUGCUGUCGAAGGGCUCCGAGCGAGAGACGGGAUUCAGCCGGGACAAAGACAACGGCCUCAGUGCCAUGGGUCUGCCGCACGCAGCACCCCAGCCUGGGGCCGAGGGGUCAGGGCCCCUGAGCCACGCUCAGUUCCGAGGGCUCCAGAGGCCCCCGCAGACCCAGACCAACCUGCUGGGCCGGGAGUACGUGGGGAACAAGGAACUCUCCGGAUUCAGCAUCAACAACAAGAAGUAUGUGACGCCCCCCUAUGACCCGGAUUUGCCCAACAAGUACCUGAGCAGCUACAACUCCAAGUUUUAUGACAACACCCUCAAGGGGGUGGACCGCGAAGGAUGGACCCGCGGAGGGAUCCAGCCCCAACAGCCGGGUGGCUUCGCCACCAACAACCACAUCACUGAACUGGGCACAGAUCCCAAUGCCACGGAGACCCUGAGACGGGUCCACCCCCAUGUCGGCCGGACGAUCACAACGUUGGACCCGUUCUAUCGCGACACCCCUCACAACAGCCGCUUCUCUGCUCUCUACCAAACCGCCGUACCUGAAUCUGUGUCUCCACCCUGCAGGAGCUGGUCUCCCUUGGCGAGGCAGGGACUCCGGGGCUGGUCUCCCCUGACGAGGCAGGGGCUUCAGCAUCUCCCAAAGGGCUUUACUUUUCCAAUGAUGUAAAGAGAAAUCACCACCCAGUGAAGGCUCAUUGGUUCUCAUUGGCUUAGCUGCCAGCCCUCCUCCCCUUAGAUCCCAUAGACCUCUCCUCUUCUUCCCCAUGGCCCCCAUAAACUUCUCCUUCUCCUCUUCCCCGGGGACCCCAGCAUGCCCUUCCACCCCUGUCCCCUGCUGUUUUCAUCGGGGAGCCCUCUGCUGUGUGAGCUGACCCCACCUCUCAUCCCACGGGUGGUGGCACCCAUGCGCUGUCAUGGGAGCUGGAUGGAGUCUUUGCACCUGAAGGAUCAGCUGGUGCCUCCUGGCAGAAAGGGGAGUGCCGCCCCUCCCCAGUACCUUGCCUGCUCUGGCUGGGCCCUGCAGUUCCAUUCUCCUGGCAUUCGGGCCCCAUCCCGCUUGGCGCUGAGCAGUUGGAGAGGAGGGUGCCUGGCACCACACAGGAUCAGGCCCUUUGACUUGAGAAGGGAAGCUGGGCCCUGUGUGUGCAGCAGUGAAUGGAGUUAACCAUUAGAUAUGCGCCCAGCCAGCUGGGCUACCCCAGCUCACCAGAGGGACUCUGCAGGGCCUGGGGGCUUUUCCCAUGGGGCCUAGGGCCGUUCUCGCCGGCCCUGGGGGACUUGUAGUGUUCACCGGCACCAGGGUUGCCUCGAUUUGACCAUUAAAUCAUUACCAUCAAUGGAACAAGGCUCAUUUACAGCAGUGGAGGAUCUGGUGGUUUGUUCUUCAAAUGUAGCCCUGUUGCUAAGGCCACCCGAGACCCAGUGGAGGCUGCUGAGCUCUGGAGAUGGGGGACUGAACCUGCCCUGCAGAUGCACGCUCAGAACCAGUAAGGCUAGGUCACACUGUA